AUGGUCAUGUUCAGCAAGGGCGUCUGCACGACGUACACGGGUGGUGUGGGGCUUUGUUUUCACUGUCACUUGACCAGAAGUCAGCCCAACCCGCAUAUGACGAGAGUAUAUGUGACGCCAAAUCAAGGAUUCCGCGCAAUGGAAGACGUCGAAGAAGGAUUCGACCGUCUUUCGAAGGCAAAAGCGUCUAAGUCCUUUGAAUUUCUUGCGAUAACGUCGUACACUUUUCUCGCCACGGCUCUCACAACUCAGAACCGAAAGCUGCUGCCAAUCAACGACCUUAUUCGUUUUAACGAGAGCCUCCAGUUUUUGAAGGAGCUCAACAUUGAAGGAGAAAGCUGGGCAGUCCUCCAGUCGUAUCAAGUGCUCAAGAAGAUCCUCUACCUUAUGCGUCUGCUUAUGUACCAGCAUCCAGAAUACGUGGAGAUAUCUGGCGGUCUUGGCGGUACUUCCACCGCGGUAGGCUACGUCUACACCUACCGGACUCCAUGCAUUUCGUGCAACCAAUGCAUUUCAUGA